AACUUGAUGGUUAAUAAAUAGCAGACCCAGUCGCACAGAACACUCCACUCUGCUGUAGGAGGUCUGUAUGUCAGGCACAACCCUACUGGGACCAUGACAACCAUCAUGAUAACUGUACUGAUGCUCUUCAUUCAAACCACCCUGGGGGCUCCUGAAACAGACGGUCCCUUCAAUCUCUUCAAUGCAGCAAGUGGCGUUAGACAGGAGCUGGCACGCUGGGUGUCAGAGGGACGUCUCUACUACACCAACAUUAGGAAGUGUGCUGGGGUUUCUGGGAAGACAGAGGGUAGUACCCUGGUGAAUUCUGACUGUGAUGAGAACAGCCACCUUCAGCAGUGGGAGUGUAGUAACAACACACUGCUCACCCUGAAAGGACAGACUCUGUACCUCCACGUCAACGACAACAAUGAUCUGGUGCUGUCCAGAGACACGGGGCCUCGGAGUCGCUGGAUCAUCUCUGGUACAACGGACGGCCCCUGCUCAAGGACCCACAGAGAGCUCUUUACCAUCGAAGGAAACGCGUUUGGCCGUCCCUGUCAGUUUCCUUUCCGGUACAAAGACCAAUGGUUUGGAGACUGCACCUCGAUAGACUCCUCUGAUAGACGGCUUUGGUGUGCCAUUGAAACAAACUACCAAGACAAUGAAUUGUGGGGCAUUUGUCCAUCCAAAUCUAUGGAGCAUUGGCAUAAGAACCCGGUCACAGGUACAUUCUACCAGGUGAACCUCCACUCUGCCCUGACCUGGCACCAGGCUCGGACCAGCUGCCAACAGCAGGGAGCAGACUUGGCCUCAAUCACCGAACCCCACGAGCAGACCUUCGUAGCAGGCCUGUAUGGUAGACAGGGUGCUCCACUGUGGACGGGGCUGAAUGCUCUGGAAGAGGACAGUGGGUGGCAGUGGAACAGUGGGAAGCCUCUACGCUACUUCCGCUGGGACUCUGGUCACCCUCUCUCUGAUCCUGGUCAGAUGUGUGGACUGGUUGACCCAGCUCAGCAGUCCUACUGGCAGAGCUCCCUGUGCUCCAAGAAACAUGGCUACAUCUGUCAGAAAGACCCGCCUUCACCCCCCAUUCACCCAGAAGAGACAGGUUUCUGCUCCAGUCCGUGGAUUCCCUACGCUGCCAGGUGCUUCCUCCUCCAGCGUACUAAGAAGACCUGGACAGAGGCUCAGACGGAAUGUCGGAAGGACGGAGGCGACCUGGCCAGCAUCCACAACAUUGAGCAGCACAGCUUUGUGAUGUCACAGCUGGGAUAUGCGGCUGCUGACGAGCUGUGGAUCGGGAUGAACGAUGUCAAGACGUCACUACUGUUUGACUGGAGCGACCAAUCUGCUGUCACCUUCACCAGGUGGGAGGAAGCCAUGCCAAUGGGGGGCAACUGUGUCCUGGUCAGGGGAGAGCAGGGCAGGUGGGCUACCCAGGUGUGUGAGAACCAGCAUGGUUUCAUCUGUAUGAAGAAAUCUACCUCCAAACCCUCAGGGGACCAGGUGGACACUUACCCAGGCUGCAAACCGCAUUGGACCAGGCACGACUCCUACUGUUACUUUGUUGGACCAGAGAUCAAGACCUUUGAUGAGGCCAAAGAGACAUGCAAGAGCUCACAGUCAUAUCUGGCUGAUGUUUCUAGCAGGGUGGAUAAUGCUUUCCUGAUCAGCCUGGUUGGGUCCAGGCCAGAGCAACACUUCUGGAUCGGACUCUCCAACCAGAACCACAUCGACGACUUCACCUGGACGAACAGCAACACGGUCAGGUACACCCACUGGAACACACAGAUGCCAGGCAGUGGACAGGGUUGUGUUGCCAUGACAACAGGGACUCUAGCUGGAUUAUGGGAUGUGCUGAGCUGCACCAAUCAGGAGAAGUAUAUCUGUAAACACCUGGCAGAAGGAGCGGGGCCAACACCAGAACCAAUCACAACUGUCCCUCCCAGGUGCCAUGAGGGCUGGUAUCCUGUGGGGUCUCGGGACUUCUGCUUUAAGUUCUUUACAGUGCCUCGCGCAGAUGAGAAGACCUGGUUUGAGGCUCGGGACUUCUGCAGGGUGAUUGGAGGAGACCUACUCAGCAUACACAGCUCUACGGACCUCCAGUCUAUGCAUCAUGUCCGUGGUGGGACUUCCUGGAUCGGCCUGAGUGCUCAGGAUCCCAACGCUGGCUACGCCUGGACUGAUGGGUCACCAGUGAGUUAUGUUGACAUAAUAAUACUAAUACUAAUUCUACUACUAAUUAUAAUACUAAUAGUAAUACUACCACUACUACUACUACUACUACUAAUAUAUAAUGUGACAGAGGAUGGCUGGCUGGAGUUUGGAGGCUCUCAAUAUUUCUUUAAUACUGAACUGCUGGCCAUGGAGGGCGCCAGACACUAUUGUCAACAGAGGCAUGGGGACCUUGUUGUUAUCAACGGACUAACAGAAAAUACAUUUCUGUGGAAAAAGAUCAAUAAAAAGCGUUUGGGAAUCCAUUACAUCGGGCUAACAGUUGAUCUUGAUCGCUCUUUCAGCUGGAUGGACGGUUCCCCAGUAGUAUUCCAGAGAUGGGACAACAACCAGCCGGACUUCAAGAACAACGAUGAGAACUGUGUUGCCAUGGCCAGCUCCAUUGGUUUCUGGCAUGACUAUAACUGUGGCACUGAAAUGAGGUCCAUCUGUGAGAGGAGUGGUUCCCCCCCAGUGAACAGCACCGUGCCCCCUACUGCCCCCCCCACAGGAGGCUGCCCCCCGGAAUGGAUCCUCUACCAGUCUAAGUGCUACAAACUGAUUGGAUACCGGGUACCUAGCACCUGGCUCGAGGCCAGAUCGUUCUGCCAAUCCAUGGGAGGGAACCUGGCGUCCAUCACCAAUAGGCAGGAGCAAGUGUUUCUGACGACCCAGAUGACUUCUGGUGCUACUGACCUGUGGAUUGGACUGAGUAACUUAAACCGGGACGCGUUUGUUUGGACCGAUGGCCAGGCAGUCAAAUACUUAAACUUCGAUUUCAUGAAGGGACGGUCGCAGAUGUUCCCAUCGCAAUGGCAUCACUAUCGUCAGAGACGGUCGCAGAUUUUAGCAUCGGAAUGGCAUCACUAUCCUCCGAGGUACAUGGAUAUGCUUUCCUCUCGGGCUAGUCAGUGUGUUGUGAUGGCCAGUUCCUCCUCCAUCUUGGGAAAAUGGGAAACCAGGUCCUGCAACGACACAUACGGCUUCAUCUGUCAGCGCAAAGUUGACUCAGGCAUCCCAGUCCCGGCCCCGACAGUGUUACCUAGAGGCUGGGUGAAGCUGGCCAACGACUCUUACAAGGUGCUGCCCCAGAACUGUACAUGGCCCGAAGCCCGGAUGCAGUGUGAGGCUGAGGAGGGCCAGCUGGCUAGCACCCUGGAUGAACUGUCAGCAGCCUACCUGGAGCUGCAGGCUCUGAAGCUGCAGACACCACUGUGGAUUGGACUCAAUAGGAAUGAGACACAAGGCUACUUCAGGUGGAUGGACGGCUGGCCCUUAAGCCUGGCCCGGUGGGCCCCAGGCGAGCCCAGCAGAGACCGGUCCUGUGUCUACCUGGAUGUGGAAGGCACCUGGAAGACAGCCCUUUGUAACCACACCUACCCCAGUGUGUGCAAGCAGUCCACAGCCUUCCCGCCCACGGCCCCGCCCCAGUACCCCGGGGUAUGUGUCCAGGAGGAGGAGGAUAUCAGUGGUAGGAACAGCCCCUGGUCCUGGUUGCCUUUCCGAGGGCACUGCUACAGCUUCGUCAUUAACAACGUCAGGUGGGCCGACGCCUCCACCAGCUGUAUACGUAAAGGGGCGUCUCUGGUGAGCAUCGAGGAUCCUGCCGAACUCCACUUCAUAAAGAGCAACCUGGAGUUUCUGAAAGACAGCUACUCUUCCUUCUGGAUAGGCCUGUUCAAAACACACCUAGGUCAGUGGAAGUGGCUGGACCAAACAGUGCUGGACUACAUUAACUGGGCAGAAGGACAGCCUCAGGACUCUUCCUAUGACUAUGGAUAUAUGCAAUCCUCCGAUGGGACCUGGAGCACUGCCCGUUGGGGUGGUAAACCAUACAUCUGCAAGAAACCCAAAGUUCUACCAGAAACACCACCAACACAAGUGUCUCUGAAGGGAGGUCAGAGGCGUGUGUAUUCAGGCCUGGCAGUGGUGGUGGUAUUGGCUACCAUUUGUCUGAUGGGCCUCACAGCCUUAAUGCUCUACAAGAAGAUCGGCCGUCCCCUGCCCUCCUUCACCAACCCCCUGGACUUCAGCGCAGGCCGGAGUACCUUCGACAACCCCCUCUACAUGGAGCCCGUCACCGAGGUCGAGCCCAACAUGGUGGACACUAGCCAGCUGGUCAACCAUAUGGAGGCUCAGCCAAUGAUCACUUUGUGAUCG